CGCACUUGCGCUCAGUGACAAACAUAGGAAAACAUUGGUGAAGAAUCUACUUCUCCCCUGCCUUGUUUCCGGUUGUACACGAUAGCUGAGCUCGUCUGCACCAUGGCGACAGCAACUCGCUCCCUCUUCCAGCUGGUCGGCCGGCAGGUGACCGCGUCUGUUCGUCAGACCACUGCCGUCAACCCGCUUGUGCGCUGCAUGUCCCAGUUUGUUCGUGAGAAGCCCCACGUCAACAUCGGUACCAUCGGUCACGUCGAUCACGGCAAGACCACCCUCACAGCUGCCAUCACCAAGGUGUUGUCCGAGGAGGGCCAUGCUCAGUACACUGACUACAGCAACAUUGACAAGGCUCCUGAGGAGCGUGUCCGCGGUAUCACGAUUUCCACUGCCCACGUCGAGUACGAGACUGACAAGCGCCACUAUGCCCACGUCGACUGCCCUGGCCACGCCGAUUACAUCAAGAACAUGAUCACCGGUGCUGCCCAGAUGGACGGUGCCAUCCUUGUUGUCAGCGCCACUGAUGGCCAGAUGCCCCAGACCCGCGAGCACAUUCUUCUUGCCAAGCAGGUUGGCGUUGAGCGUAUUGUUGUCUACAUCAACAAGGCGGACAUGGUUGACGACGAGGAGCUUCUCGAACUGGUCGAGAUGGAGAUUCGUGAGCUGCUGUCCUCUUACGGUUACGAUGGCGAUGAGACCCCAGUUGUCACCGGCUCUGCUCUCUGCGCUAUUGAGGGUAAGGACGACAAGAUUGGCAAGGACUCAAUCAAGGCUCUCAUGAACGCUGUUGAUGAGUGGAUCCCUGACCCUGAGCGCGAUCUUGACAAGCCGUUCCUGAUGCCUGUCGAGAACGCCUUUUCCAUCUCUGGCCGCGGUACUGUUGUCACGGGCAAGGUUGAACGCGGUGUGAUCAACAAGGGCGAUGAGGUUGAGAUUAUUGGCUACGGUUCCACCAUCAAGACCACCGUCACCGGUGUGGAGAUGUUCCACAAGCAGCUCGAUCAAGGUCAGGCUGGCGACAACCUCGGUGCGCUCUGCCGCGGUCUCAAGCGCGAGGAGAUUCGCAAGGGCCAGGUCAUGUGCAAGCCCGGUACUGUUAAGUCCCACACCAAGUUUCAGACACAGCUGUACGUGCUGAGCAAGGAGGAGGGUGGCCGCCACACGCCGUUUGUUGAUGGCUACCGCCCCCAGCUGUUCACCCGCACUGGCGAUAUUACGUGCACGGUCAAGCUGCCUGAUGGCAAGAUGGUCAUGCCUGGCGAGGACGCAAGCUGCGAGAUUGAGCUUAUCACCGACAUUCCGCUCGAGGAGGGCCAGCGCUUCACUGUGCGCGAGGGCCACAAGACUGUCGGCACGGGCAUCGUCUCCAAGAUCAUUGCCUGAGCGGCCAAGUCCAGCAUGUCUUUGUGUAUGUCGUCAUUCCUUCGUCUUUGUCUUCUCUUUGACUCAUCGUUGUGGCUGUCGUGCUGUGACGGCAUGUCGCAUUGCCUAAUUCCUGUGAAUGCUCGUUGUGGUCGUAUUCGCUGUGUUUUGUGUUGAAUGGUUGCUUGUGCUUGCCUUUGUUGUUGGUGGUUGGUUGUGAAUACGUUUCAACUUGGCCCAGCCGAAUACAUACAUCAUACAGCGGACAGUUUAUCGAGGAGAUGACUAAAAAAGCACGCAGUGGGC